CCCGCUCAUCCCGCGAUGCCCAUGGACCUACACGUUCAUCAGGGAUUCCCCUAUUUCCCUACCAGGUACCGAGAUGAUGCUCUCUGCUGGACAGAUAGGUAAGAAAUUUCAUUGUAUUCUCGUACCGACUCCUUCUCGUUUACACUCAUCGACGCGAAUCACAAGCGAUCGAAAAAGUUUAUGAUCCUCGCAAACGACAUUCGAACGAACGAACGGCAUCUGCAACGCGUCAGAGCGAGCGAGGAGCGUAACCGAUCUAGCUAAUAAUACGAAGCGAAGCUAUGAAAAGGAUCGGUCUCGAUGGACGGCCGAAGAGAUAUAAAAGAUCUCUCGUUGGCGAGGUGAUUGAUACAGAGAGAUCGACGUCGCGACGCAAUUCCAUUGUUCAAAGUGAGCGCGGCGGCGGCGGCGGCGGCGCGCCCCAGAAGCAACGAGCGAAGCAUCGAGGUCUGGCACGAGGUUCUUAGCCACGGAUAUAAAUCAACUCUCUCGAGUGACGAACGAACGGCACGCAGAAUCGGCACGAAGCCGUUUCACGGACCAUCGAAACCGUCCAUGGACGACGUCGGAAAUCCUACCUCCGUCAACGCACGAUUUGAGGAGAGACACUACGCUUUCGAAAGCAUCUUGGAGUUGCGCAAGGAGAAGAGCCGGGACGCGGCGAGGUCGCGGAGGGGUAAGGAAAACUUCGAGUUCUACGAGCUCGCGAAAAUGCUACCACUCCCGGCGGCCAUUACCUCCCAGCUGGACAAGGCCUCCAUAAUAAGGCUGACAAUCUCGUACCUUAAACUACGCGACUUCUCCAGUCACGGCGAUCCACCGUGGUCCCGCGACGGUCCACCGCCCAGCAAAUCCGUCAAAGGUGCUAAUCGAGUUAGAUCAUCGUCGACUGCAGCGAUAGAACAUUUCGAAGUUCAUCAAGGUACCCACAUAUUACAGUCCCUGGACGGUUUCGCAAUGGCUGUCGCGGCUGAUGGCAGAUUCCUGUACAUAUCUGAGACUGUUUCGAUAUAUCUCGGCCUCUCACAGGUAGAGAUGACGGGAUCGAGCGUUUUCGACUACGUCCAUCAACAAGAUCACGCCGAGGUCGCCGAGCAGCUCGGUCUGGGACUCGCGUCGUCGACGAGCACCUCAGCCCCACACUCGUCGAAUUCCGGUUUAGCGUCGCCGAGCAGCGGCGCGUCGGAGGAGCACGGUUCGUCUUCCACUGCGAAUCCCGACGUGUCUUCGGUAAUGUCGCUGUCGGCGACCGGACUCUACAAAGGGUACGACCGGGCGUUUUGCGUUAGGAUGAAAUCCACUCUAACGAAGAGGGGGUGUCACUUCAAGUCAUCAGGUUAUCGGGUCGUCCUGUUGCUGUGUCGUUUGAGGCCGCAGUUUAUAUUCAGCCACGCGAGAAAGUCCGCGCCGCCUUUGAUGGGUAUGAUCGGGCUAGCCAUUGCACUUCCGCCGCCCAGCGUGCACGAAAUUCGUCUCGAGACCGAUAUGUUUGUCACACGAAUCAGUUUCGACUUUCGGAUAGCGCAUUGCGAGCCAAAGGUUUCCGAACUGUUGGAUUACACCGCCGAUGAAUUGACGGGGAAGAAUCUCUACACGUUGUGCCACGGCGAGGACGCAAAUCGUCUCCGGAAGUCUCACAUAGAUCUAAUCCAUAAAGGCCAAGUUCUGACGCAUUACUAUCGGCUGAUGAACAAAAGUGGCGGAUACACGUGGGUACAGACGUGCGCUACCGUCGUAUGCAAUUCGAAAAAUGCCGAGGAGCAAAAUAUCAUUUGUGUCAAUUACGUCAUAAGCGGCCGAGAAUAUGAAAAUUUAAUUAUGGACUGCUGUCAGUUAGAGGACGGUGUCACCGGCGUCAAGAGGGAAGAUACGGCGGGAAAUGAUCCGGAGAACGGAUCGCCGGACGCUGACCGAGGAGAGGGUCGUAGUCGAGGCGGCCCUACAAAUCAGCAUCAGGAGCAAUCGCAUCGGUCGCCACCCGAGGAGCGCGAAGAGAAUCACGCGUCGGAAAGUGAAAAGCGAGGUAGCCGGCAUCAUGACAAUAUAGCCCAGUUGCAACAAGAGUCACAGACGGCGGUCGGGAAUCUCGACACGCUCGUGGUAAGACUACGAGGGCACAAGCGGAAGAUCCAUGACGAAGACAGCAGUUCCAACGAAGAGGAGGACGAGGAGGAGACCGCGGUGAAAGAAUCGAACGGCGAAAGAAGCCGUGCGCUCAGUCCCAGCGCAACGUCCACGCACUCGAUCUCGGCCACCGAACAAACGCUCUGUUCGACCAGUCCGAAGUCGCGUCGCGCUGAGGGCGGCAGGAUGGACAGUACCGAAAACACGGGAACCUCGGUGAAGGAUUUGGAACAGGCUAUGUCGAAGCAUUUGCCAGGGAGCUCGUUAAACAAGUCGAACUCGCCGGCGACGCUUCACCAGCCGACGGAUUUCAGUACGGAUGCGUUGUUAAAGCAGCAGCAGCAGCGGAGCACGAUACAGUGGAUCGGCGCGCAUCAUCACUUGGGUCAUCUGAGUCCGCAGCAAUCCGCCGCCGCUCCUUUACCCGCCUCGGCGCUUCUUAGGCAACUUUACGCCGCCAAUCGGGAGAGCGUGAUACGCGCCAAUGUGCAUGGGAUCACUUCGAGCGGUGGUACACGCGCUCCCGCGUCGACCGGUAUCUAUUAUCCGGGCGAAACUGCUCCUAACGGACCUCUGCCGACACCGCCCGGCUCGGAAGGUUCUAGUACAUACGGUGAGCAUCAAUUUGUGCUCGCUGCUCACAAUCAAAAAGUAUCGAACGGCACCAGCUGCGCCGAUGCUUUCACCAGUCUAGUUUCGUCGUACACGUCCGCUACCGCGGCCGGGUAUUCGGUAGACUAUCAUUCAGCGAUGACGCCGCCAUCGUCGGUCUCGCCGCGAGACAAGCAACAGCAACAACAGCAGCAGCAGCAACAACAGCAGCAACAACAACAGCAGCAACAAUUGCAUCCUGUUAACGUGAUAAGCAGCUACGAAGGCUCAUCGGCGUACACGGACCCUGUUCUCCGUCAUCAAUACGAACCGGCCCAGCCGUUACCCUUGAAACCCCAAGUGUACUCGGCCACUGUCCAUCCGAGUGCCUUAGACGCCGCAGCGGCAUAUGCUUCGGCAGGUCUGACGGAACAAUCACAGUUCUAUCAUCAUCCGGCCAGUAGCGGCGGCUUUCACAUCUACCACCCGAGCAACAAGUCUACGGCGAACGGUUGGUACACCUCAGCCUCCUAGUGGCCCCACCCGUAGGGGUCCUACCCGUGUACGCGGAACACGUGUACUUAAGCGACUGUAAUUAAACCCAAAGCCCUCUCCCUCAUGCAUAUCAGUGAUACGCUAUCUCAUCGCUAUCUUUGGCGAUCGUUGAGCGAUCCUCGUUGUCGUUGGGAUCGGCGGGAAAACUCCACCUCGCUGCUCCUUCCUGUCGAGUCGUCGAAACUCGGCGCUGUAACAAUCGCUCUCUUCUUAUUCAUUAUGUAGAACGAUUUAUUGUAAUAUAAUGAAUAAAUUAUUAUAUAUAUGUUGACUUUCCGGAGGUUUCUGCAUAAGUAUGGAGCCAACUGAAAAACUCAUGCGUAUUCACCGUGCGUGUUCCAAGUGAUUUAACGCGACGCUCAAAGAGAUCGUAAUAUAUCUAAGGAAUCGCGUUUCAUUACAUAUAUCUGAUAUACAGGACGAUUUUUAAUAAUAUAGUCGAAAUAAUGUUUCAUAAGUCACAGAAACAAGAAAUGUGUUGUACGAAUAUGGAUCAUUCAAGUCUUUUUCUGUUUAUUAAUAAAUUUAUGGAAAUACAUUCCAAUUUUAAAUAUUUUUGUUUAAUUUAUUAUAAUUCGUGGAAACGUUUGAACAAUCUAUAUUCAUAUAACAUUUAUUCUUGUUUUGGGCUUUAUAUUCAUGCUGAAGUAUGAUGAAACGAGACUGGUGACAGACAUAUAAUUAAGAAUUAUCCUGUAUAUAUGUAUGUAUAUCACAAUUAUUUUCACUUUUAAUUUCAUUUUAGAAUAUAAAUACGUCUGUAUUUAUAUAAAUCUAUUUCUGCAAAACAAUUGAAGAGGUGAUUAAACGAUAGUUGGAAUACAUUUUUCAUCCUUGAAAAGUUGACAAAAUUAUUAAAAGAAAUGCAAUAACUGAAUUAUAUUCAACUCGUGUUACUUUUUGUUAAAAUAUGUUCUCUUAAUAACUUUGACAAUUUUUUGCGAUCGAAAGAUGCACAUUCCAACUUUUGCCAAGUCUCUCAUCCCGAUCAAUUUAGAAAAAGAGGUAAAUUUACAGAAGAACAAUAUUUUAAAGCGGACAAAGAAACAACUUCCGUGGAGCUGUCUUCGCAUUGUGUUGAAUAUUAUUAAUCAAUGAUUACCAUGUUAGCAGUAAUUUACUCCAGUAUUAGUACUUGGAGUAUUUUGUACUAUAUAAUACUUCGUUGUGCGUUAAUUUUUAUAAAGCGAAUGUGCAAUUUCCCCCCCCCCUCUCUCUCUCUCUCUCUCUCUCUCUCUCUCUCUCUCUCUCUCUCUCUCUCUCUCUCUCUCUCUCUGUUUCUGAUAUACUAUAACAUUUGAUUUAAUGAAAGAAAAGUGCUGAUAAAAUUUAUCUCGAUAUUGUACGUGUUUGAAAAAUAGCACAACAUACUUAAGAGAAGCCGCUAUCUCUAUUAAUUCGCUCUGAAUGACGUUUGUUUUAGUCAAUUAAACGCUGAAUUUGUUAUCCGCGAAACGCGCUAUAUACGAUCGGUUUGUCCCAAAGAGUUUGUUGUUACAAGCUUCUUGUUUUAGAUUUUUGAUUUACGAUCGAGAAAGUAGUGAGACUUCUCAAUAGAAAGUAAUGACAAUUGAUCUACAUUCGAUAUGUCAAUUGUUAUCCAACCGCGUUUCCGACAUUUCGAUCGUGAUUUACAAAAAUAAUAAAUGGAUUACGAGACUGGCGGAAGAAUGGAACGCGACAUUUAUACAAUCGUGGGAAAACAAAGAGCAAUCCGGAGGAAAAAAAGACACGAGUGAUAUUAAAAAGACACUUUUAUUAAAUACGCACUGAGAUUCUUUACUUAUUAAGGACAAGAGACGUUUGUAUAUGUAUAUUUAUAGACUGCUAUAGCGAUUUUACCUUCUAAAUUUAGGAUAGAUAAAAAUGUAGAUAUUGAGAACAGAUACGUAUCGCGCAUGCGAGAAGUCAACAUUGCUGUGGAGGUAGCGAAUUCUUUUACGAAAGUUAUUGUAUUUUAAUGUUUAAAUAUUUCGACCAGUUGUUUUUGACAAGUACACAUGUAAAUACAGCUUACGUGCCUAAAAGUUUAUUCGCUCAGCGUUUAUCCAUUUCUUUCGUGCUGUGCUUGGUUUAAAAAAACUGAGGUACGUCCGCAUCGUCACAAAUUUCUUUCGCGUAAUAAUGUUAAUUUACAGAAACUUUAAUUACAUUCCACACGCUUGGAUGCAACAUCCAGAUCUAAGUGUAAUCAUAACCGUAAGUAAUCAUUUCAUAAACAAAUCGGUAAGUAAUUAAAUAUUUGUAAUAUAGAAGACAUUUUAUAUAAAAUUGUUGAUUAUCUUAGUUUUUGAAAACUUCAACAAACUUUCUUAAACGUACAUUAUAUACUAAAAAAUGUUUCAAUGAAAAACACAAAAAUAGAAUGCAUAGAUAAUUUAUUUGUAUUUAAUAAGACAUUAUUCAUUCAGAUCAUUAUAUUGCUUUUUCCAAACUUGAGUAUUAUUUAUAUUAGCAAAUUGUUCGUAAAAACCGAUUAUUUUUUUAUACAAUACGAUCGUUGUACUAUUUAAUAGCAAGAAAUAACGAAUAUAUUAUUCGUAUAAAAAUGACUUAUGUACAUUCCCAUUUUGUAUUACAUGCUUAGUAUACAAUUAUUAUCGUUAUUAUUAUCGUUUCUGCUAUUAUUGUUAUCAUUAUAAUUACUAUUCUUAAUGCUAUAUUAAUAUUAAAUUACUACAGUGAGUUUGCAGACUUAUUACGUAAACAAAAUCUGUAAAAUAAUUACAUAAACAAAUGAAAAUAAAAUUAAUCUAAAAAAAAUGUUAAAAACGCACUUUGGACGGUAGACAUUUCAAUUAAUACUGCGAAUUAUUAAAAAAAGAAAAAAAA